AUGAAGAUUCUCCUCCUCUGUACAGCACACAACUCUCUGUCACAGCGACUAUACUUGACCCUGAUUCUCAAGCACGAGGUUACAGUUGAGUAUGCAUUGUCAGCAAACACCAUGAUCGAGGCUGCCUCACUUGCCCACCCACAUCUUAUCAUCUGCCCCUUCCUUACCUCUCCUGUCCCUGAGGAAGUCUACACGAAGUACAUGACUUUGAUAGUCCAUCCAGGUGCUCCCGGAGAUGGUGGCCCCAGCGCUCUAGACUUUAUGAUCAUGGGCGAGGAUGGGACAGACGAGGACCUCGACAGAGUCAUGUCCAAGGAUCUCUGGUCUGAACACGGCCGUAGCCACUGGGCCGUGACAAUUCUGCAAGCCAUAGCGCAAUAUGAUGCAGGUCCAGUAUGGGCAUGGGAGCAAUUCAAAAUCAACAUUGACGACCAUGCCAUCACCAAAUCUAGUCUCUACCGAGGAGACGUUACGCGAGCUGCCUUGAUAGCAUGUUUGACUGCUAUCGAGAGGAUCGAGCUUGCUGCCAGACAAGCCAAAAGCACCGAGACUAGUGAGGUCGAUGACUGGGAAUGCAUUGCCCCUGAUUUGGAAACCAAGCCUGAGUACGGGACUGCAUCCGCCAGCACGGGCGAACCCUUCUUUGGCGGACACACUUGUCCCCUUCCUCUUAUGAAAGCUGCUAAUAGGAGCUUUGAUGUUAAUCGGCAUUGCGCCCUGAUGAUAUCGAGACUUAUACGAGCAUCAGAUUCGCAACCAGGUUGCCUCACUAAGAACUUCUCUCCAAAUCUCUAUGUCUAUGGUGGCGUCAUUGAAGAUGGCGAACACAUGUCAUCUAUUGACGUUAAGCCAGGCACAUUCAUUGGCGUUCGCAACGAUGCUGUUUGUUUCCNNAAGACGCUCGAUGGCAAGGGAAUCUGGAUAACUCAUGGUCGGCGAGUCAAGAAGAAAACAGACCCCACACUGUGGCCAAAAGUCCCUGCCAUACCAUUGUUCUCAGCUGUUGGAAUUGUGGACUCGAAGAACCUACCUCAACUUCUUCCUGAAUUGCCGAAAGACUUUGCCAGGCUCGAUUACCCGACGUUUCAAGAGAUCUUCGUUGAGUACGACGAGAUAGCGACAGGUCAACGUGUCGCUUAUCUGACGUUCAAUUUCUACAACGGAGCAAUGAGCACGAAUCAGUGUCGUCAGAUGUGUGCUGCUCUUCGAAGCAUUCUGGAGACACAUACGGAGUCGAAUCCCUUGUCAGCAAUUGUUCUUCUCGGAGGAACUUACUUCUCCAACGGCAUACAUCUCAAUGUGAUCGAGAGCAGCCCAGAUCCGGCAUACGAGUCUUGGGCCAAUAUCAACGCGAUCGAUGAUGUCGUCCUCCUUAUUCUCCAAGACUUUGCUACUCGCGGAAUCACCACCGUGGCCGCGCUGCGAGGCAAUGCUGCUGCUGGAGGUGUGGCGCUCGCUGCUGCCGCUGAUCUCGUACUCGCUGGAGAACAUGUUGUCGUAAAUCCUGCGUACCGUGCUUUGGGAUUGUUCGGUAGCGAAUAUCAUACAAUCACCUACUACGGUAGGGUAGGUUAUGAUACUGGUCGCCAUCUGUUACGCGAUAUGUUGCCUGUAUCGGCACAACAAGCCAAGGAUAUCGGUCUUAUCGACGUUGUACUACCUGGCUUUGGAGAGUCGCUAGACAGCGCCAUCCACGACCACGUCAGCGACCUCAUCUCCACCAACCAAAAACCCGGCCAAUGGAAACACAAACUCGACCUCAGCCCCACCGCCCUCGCCACCGCCCGCAUGCAAGAACUCGGCGAAAUGGCCAAAGACUUUUGGUCCACACGCUCCAUGCGCUACCACUCCCGGCGCAGCGAUUUCGUCCGCAAAGUCAAAGCUUCCAAAACGCCUCUGAGGUUUGCACGCCACAGACGCAAAGUUGGCGAGCUUGACGAAGAAGAGUCUGAUAGUUUUGAUUUGAUGGAGACGUUUGCGAUGAUGUUGAGGGAGACGCAGGAAGUGGCGUUGCAGCAGACUAUUGAGCAGUUGAAGGUGCAGGCGAGGAGGGCGAGUACCCCGGCAACUGUUGAGGAGAAGGAUAAGAGGCAGUUGGAGAUGCUGUUUUCGUGUUAUUAUAAUGCUUGA